ACCGUUUCAGUGACAGUCAGACACAAAUGAAAUUCCUUUAGAAAAAUUGUUGAAUAAAUUUGUUCGGUUUGUUUUGAUUGUCGGAAGAAAAGAAAAAAUUAAUAAUCUUUCAUUAGGAUCGAUUUCUAAUGAAUUCUUAUAACAAAAACCCCAAAAAUUUUAAGAAAAGAGCUCCAUUGAAAAGCUUCACAAGAAAAAACGACGUAUACGUCACAAACAAGACAGAUUUUCGUGCUACUUUAAAAAAGUGCAUAACAAUAUUAAAUUCAGCUGAAGGUGAAUGUUUCUUACAUUGUAUCGGGAACGCGAUAAACAGAGGCAUUAACCUAGCAUUAAAGCUAUCAGAAGAACAUAACUUUGGAUUCGAAGCAAACACUUCAACAAUAAACUUAGUUGAUGAUCAUCAUCCGUUAAAUGACGAAGAUGACUUCUCGAUAAGAAAACGAAUGAAUUCUUGUCUUCACAUUCGUGUCUAUCGACCAUUUAUGUUGAAACCAACUCCUCAAGAACCAGAACAGCAACUCAUCAAAAUCUAAAAAAAAUGUCAAAUCACGAGGAGCGAAACGAAUGUCGGACUUACUUCAAACUUGUUGAAUUAAGUCGAUGGCUUGGAAUCACACCUUUUGAAAUCCUCAUUAAUCUUCUGUCAUUUUUCAUAUUUUCAAUUUUCCUCACGCUCACACUCGAUGGAACAAUCGAUUUCUUCAUCAUUCAGCAGCAUCAAAACGAAACAGAUCAAGAUGGAAUUUAUCGAUCAGACGUCUUUCAAAAGCCUGUCAUUGAUUGGUUUAAACUCUUUUCUGUUCUCUUCUGUGCUGAUAUUAUGAAUGCUUACUUCUGUUUCAUUGUCAUUUUAAGAAUGUAUUUACAAAACAUGCAAUCAAUGCAAAAGUUGUUUUGGACAUUAAACUUUAUCAUUCUCACGGGUUUGUUUAAAUAUUUAAUUGCAUUAAAAUUAACAGGAACAAGUCUUGAAUGGACUGAAGUUUGCAGUCCAAUUUUUGUCCUUUUACAACUUUUUGCACUUCGAGCAUGUCAAAUAAAAAAUUCCUAAAAUGUAAUUAAAUUUUUAUGUUUAAUUAAAUGUGAUGAAACUUGCAGUAAUCUUGGAAUAUUAAAUAUUUUUUUAAUUUGAAUAUAAAUUUCAUAUUUGUCAAUAAAUUGAAGGAAAUGUCUCAAAUAAA